AUGAAGAUGCUUACCAAAUUUGAGUCCAAAUCAUCAAGGGCUAAAGGUGUAGCAUUUCAUCCUAAAAGACCUUGGUGUUUAGUUUCAUUACAUUCUUCAACAAUUCAAUUAUGGGAUUAUAGAAUGGGAACUUUAAUUGAUAGAUUUGAAGAUCAUGUUGGACCAGUUAGAUGCGUUAAUUUUCACCCAACUCAACCAUUAUUUGUUAGUGGUGGUGAUGAUUAUACAAUAAAAGUUUGGUCAUUAAAUACAAGAAAAUGUAUAUUUACAUUAAAUGGACAUUUAGAUUAUGUUAGAGGAGUAUCAUUUCAUCAUGAUUUACCAUGGAUAAUAAGUUGUUCAGAUGAUCAAACUAUUAGAAUUUGGAAUUGGCAAAAUAGACAAGAAAUUGCUUGUUUAACUGGUCAUAAUCAUUAUGUUAUGAGUUCACAAUUUCAUCCAACUGAAGAUUUAAUUGUGAGUGCAAGUUUAGAUCAAACUGUUAGAGUUUGGGAUAUUUCUGGUUUAAGAAAAAAACAUUCUGCUCCUACAUCUUCCAUAAGAUCAUUUGAAGAUCAAAUUCAAAGACAACAAUUACCUCAACAAGAUAUAUUUGGAAAUGUUAAUGCUAUAGUUAAAUAUGUUUUAGAAGGUCAUGAUAAAGGAGUAAAUUAUGCUUCAUUUCAUCCAACUUUACCAUUAAUUGUUUCUGCUGGUGAUGAUAGAUUAGUUAAAUUAUGGAGAAUGAGUGAUACAAAAGCAUGGGAAGUUGAUACUUGUAGAGGUCAUACAGGAAAUGUAUUAAGUGCAAUUUUUCAUCCUCAUCAAGAUAUGAUAUUAUCAGUUAGUGAUGAUAAAACUAUAAGAGUAUGGGAUUUAAAUAAAAGAGUUCCAAUAAAACAAUUUAGAAGAGAACAUGAUAGAUUUUGGUUAAUUGCAAGUCAUCCAACUAUAAAUUUAUUUGCAGCAUGUCAUGAUUCAGGAGUAAUGGUUUUUAAAUUAGAAAGAGAAAGACCUGCACAUUCAAUUUUUCAAAAUAAAUUAUAUUAUAUAAAUAAUGAAAAACAAGUUCAAAGUUUUGAUUUUCAAAAACAAGAAAGUUCUUUACCAAUGUUAAGUUUAAAAAAAAUUGGUAAAACUUGGUCAUUUAUGAGAACUUUAUCUUAUAAUCAAUCUGAUAAUUCUAUUUUGGUUGUUCAUGGUGAAGGUGAUAAUUCAAAUUAUGCUUUAAUUACUUUACCAAAACAUGCUACAGGAGCAAUUGAACCAACAGAUAUUAGACAAGGAGAAGGUAAUUUUGCAACAUUUAUUUCAAGAAAUAGAUUUGUUACAUUUAUAAAAUCUAGUAAAAUUUUAAAUGUUAAAGAUUUAAAUAAUAAUAUUACAAAAACAAUUCAAUUAGAUUCUUCAAUUAUUGAUGUAUUAUAUGGAGGACCAGGGAAAGUUUUAUUAGUAAAAGCUCAUUCAAUUAUAAAUUAUGAUGUAUUACAAAAAAAGGAAUUAAAUGAAUUAAAUGUAAAUAAUGUUAAAUAUGUAAGUUGGUCACAAGAUGGUCAAUAUUUAGCAUUAUUAUCAAAACAUACAAUAACUAUAGCAAAUAAAGAUUUAGAAUUAAUUACUUCAAUGCAUGAAACUAUAAGAAUUAAAAGUGCAAGUUGGGAUGAUUCAGGAGUUUUAUUAUAUUCUACAUUAAAUCAUAUAAAAUAUACUUUAUUAAAUGGUGAUAAUGGUAUUAUAAAAACUUUAGAAAAUACAGUUUAUAUAACAAAAGUUCAAAAUAAUAUAAUAUAUGUUUUAAAUAGAUUAGGACAAGUUGAUAUUUUAAAAAUUGAUCCAACAGAAUAUAGAUUUAAAAGAGCUUUAGUUAAUAAGAAUUUUGGAGAAGUUUUAAGAAUUAUUAAAAAUUCAACAUUAGUUGGACAAAAUAUUAUUGGAUAUUUACAAAAAAAAGGUUAUUCAGAAGUUGCAUUGCAUUUUGUUGAAGAUCCAGAAACAAGAUUUGAAUUAGCUUUAGAAUGUAGUAAUUUAAAAGUUGCAUUAGAACAAGCUAAAAUUUUAAAUAAUUCUAAAAUUUGGGAAAAAUUAGGUGAAGAAGCUCUUUUACAAGGUAAUAUAGAUAUAGUUGAAUUUGUUUAUCAACAAUUACAUUAUUUUGAUAAAUUAUCAUUCUUGUAUUUAUUUAAAGGAGAUAAUGAAAGAUUGAAAAAAAUGACAACUAUUGCUGAACAUAGAAAUGAUUUAUCUUCAAUUGUUCAAAAUACUAUAUAUAAUAAUGAUAUUGAAAAAAGAUGUUCAGUAUAUAUUCAAAGUGGUAUGUUACCAUUAGCUUAUACUUUAGCAAAAUCAAAUGGUCUUGAUGAAUUUGCUACAAAGAUAUUAGAUGAAGCUGGUAUAACUGAAAAAGAUGUUGAAUUACCAGAAUUAGGUGAAACUAUCGCUUUACCAAAACCUAUUGAAGAUCCAAUAAAUAAUUGGCCAUUAAAAGAAAGUUCAUUAUCAUAUUUUGAAAAUGCUUUAUUAACUGGUAAAGUAGAAAAUUUAUCAAUUGAAGAUGAUCAAUCUAAGGCAAUUGAUUCAGCUACUACCGCCACCACUAACUUAGAUUUUGAUGAUGAAGAACAAGAUGAAGAAGAAGAUGGUGUUGGUGCUUGGGAUGAUGAAGAUUUAGAUUUUGAUGAUCAUGAAGUUCAAUUACCAUUAAAUGGAGAAGAUACUACCACCACAAAUGCACCUAUCACCAAAAAUGAAGGAGAAAUUGGAGAUUGGUUAAGAAAUGCUAAAACACCAGCUACUUAUGUUGCAGCAGGAGCUUUUGAUCAAGCUGCACAAUUAUUACAAAAACAAUUAGGUAUAAAUACAUUUGAACCAUUAAGAAAAAGAUUUUUACAAGUUUAUGGAUCUUCAAAAUUAUAUUUUCCUGGAAUAUAUGAUUUACCAAGUUUUAAAACUUUUAUAAGAGAAGAUUAUGAUGAAGAAGAUUCAAAGAAAUUUUUACCUGAAAUACCUGGAUUUGAUACUUUGGAAGAUCAAUUACAAAUUGCAUUUAAAAAAUUUAAAUCAAAUGAAUUAGAAGAAGCUAUAAAAAUUUUUAAAUCUGUUAUUUAUACAAUAACAAUUUUAAAUGUUAAAAAUGAAGAAGAAGAAAAUAAAUGUCAUGAAAUUUUAAAAUUAUGUCGUGAAUAUAUCUUGGGAUUAUCAAUUGAAUUAAAAAGAAGAUCAUUACCAACUACUGAUAUAAAACGUAAUUUAGAAUUAGCUUCAUAUUUUACAAGAUGUAAUUUACAACCAAUUCAUAAAUUAAAUGCAUUAAAUGUUGCAAUGACUCAAUCAUUUAAAAAUAAAAAUUAUUCAAGUUCUUCAUAUUUUGCAGAAGAAUUUUUAAAAAUAAGUUCAACUGGUCCAAGAGCUGAACAAGCUACCAAACUAAAAUCAAAAUCAGAUUCAAUAGCAAGUGAUUCUAUAACAAUUGAUUUUGAUCCUUAUGCUGAUUUUCAAAUUUGUUGUGGUUCUUUUACUCCUAUUUAUAAAGGUGAUUCAUUUGUUGAAGAAGCUUUAGUUGGUGCUAAAUAUAAACCACAAUUUAAAGGUUCAGUAUGUAAUAUUACUGAUAUUACAACUAUUGGUGUACCAGCUUCUGGUUUAAGGAUAAGAAGUUGA